UUCUGUUCCACUCCGUUCCGUUCCAUUCUUACAAGUGUGUUUAUUUAAAUUCUUUUACUAUAUUUUUUACUCUUACCAUUUACUAUAACGUUAUGUUCUGUAUAAUAAAACAACUAAUUUAGGUGAUAAUUAAUGUAUGUAAAUUGUACAGAAUAGGAUUUAAUCCACAUCUGAUUAAACAUGUUUGCUAUAAAAAAAAUUUUGAAAAAAAUACGAAUUCCUUUACACCAAACUUAUGCCACAAAUUCAAAAUUAGUUGAAAUUUCAAAAAAUGAUACAGGUAUUGCUACAAUAUCUAUGGCACGUUCACCUGUAAACAAUUUAAACAAAGAGUUAUUAAAUGCUUUAAAAAUGUCCUUAAUGGAUGUACAACAAGAAAAAUGUCAAGGUGUUAUAUUAACAUCGUCAUUAUCAAAUAUAUUUUCAGCAGGCCUUGAUAUAAACGAAAUGUAUAAUCGGACUGAAGAACAGCUAACUGAAUAUUGGCAAACAUUGCAAGACACAUGGUUAACUUUAUAUAAUUUGGAAAUACCAAUAGCUGCUGCAAUUAAUGGUGCCAGCCCUGCUGGAGGAUGUCUUUUAGCAAUAUCUUGUGAAUAUAGAGUUUUAGUUGAAGGAAAACAUACUAUAGGAUUAAAUGAAGCACAAUUAGGAAUUAUUGCUCCAGAAUGGUUUAGAAAUAUAUAUAUUGACAUAUUAGGACAUAGAAGAGCUGAAUUAGCACUUUUAAAAGGAACCCUAUUUCAUCCAAAGGAAGCAUUAGAAAUUGGAAUUGUAGAUGAAUUAGCUUCUGAUAAAGCUAAUGCAAUCCAAAAGUGUCAAAAUUAUAUUGAAUCUUUUAAACACAUACCCUUCAGAGCUAGAGCAAUAAAAAUGGAGUUAAGGAAACGUAAUUCAUUAUGGUUAAAAGUAAACAAACAUAUGGAUCUAAAUCAAUUUUUAACACUUAUUCAGUUACCAGAAGUACAAACUGGCCUAAAAUUAUAUAUGGAAGCUUUGAAGAAAAAAUAAGAAACUUUAAUCGAAGUGUCGUAUUUUAAACUAUCACGUUAAAGAUUAAAUGUUUUCAUACGAUUUUUAUAGAAAUAAAAUAUUUUAUACGAGAAUAUAUUCGUGUAUUAAGAGAUAUACUAUAUUGUUUAAUAAAUAUAUACAGUUCAGCAAAAAUA